AUGGGAACGCAACGUGCUCUAGAUCUCAUACAAAAAUGGUGCACCGGGAAAUCUUUAAGGGUCAAUCCCACUAAAACAGAGAUGGUGCUCUUUACUAAGAGGAGGAAGCUGAAAAUCAUAGCUCCCUCAAUCUUUGGCACGGAGCUUAAAUUCUCAAAGGAGGUACGCUACCUAGGCGUAACUCUGGACAGUAAGCUCACGUGGAGAAGCCACAUUGAAAAGCAGACCAAGAAAGCAACUGCCACUUUCUGGGCAUGCAGAAGAAUAUUUGGCAUAACAUGGGGUCUGAGACCGAAAUUGAUCAAGUGGAUUUACACUGCAAUUUUGGUACCACAGCUCACCUUUGCCUCUGUGGUAUGGUGGUCUUUGCUUAAGAAGAACAUCAACAUCAAGACACUAUUUAAGGUCUAUAGACUUUCUUUGCUGGGGAUAACUAGGGCUUUAAGAACCACAGCAACCCUAGCAAUGGGGGCACUCCUGAAUCUGGAGCCCCCACACAUCACAGCAGAAGCUCUUGCUAUGAGAACAGCAAUGAGACUGCAUUUCAACGGAUACUGGAAAAGGACUAAGACGGGACAUGCAUCCAUCCUAAGGGAUAGGGGACUCGAUGGGCUCCUAGCCCGGGGAGGAGACAUGAGCCCUCGUAGUUACCACUUCAGUCAUCACUACAGAGUCUUCAUUCCAAGUAGGCAGGAAUGGGAAGAAGAAAACAAGAGCAUCCUGUCCCCCGCGGGGCUUGUCUGGUAUACGGACGGCUCCAAAAUGGAAAAAGGGGUAGGGGCUGGUAUCUACAGCAGUGGACCGAAAACAGAAAUUUCUCUGCAACUAGGGGACACUGCAUCGAUUUUUCAGACUGAGGUAUACGCGAUUUGGGCCUGUGUAGAGCACAUCAAAAAGCUCAAUCAGAGGAACAAGCACAUCUACAUCUGUAGUGAUAGUUGCGCAGCGCUCAGAGCACUAGAACAAAUAGAAGUGUCCUCGAGGCUGGUGCGUAGCUGCAUGAAUUUGCUGGAUGAACUGGCGAGAUACAACAGAGUCAAACUCCUAUGGAUACCGGGUCAUAGCGGGAACGCAGGAAAUGACAGAGCAAACGAACUGGCGAAGGCAGGAGCCCGCAAGAGGGACCCCGAGCCAAUGUUCGACAUAGCAGCGCCUUUCAGCCUCAUUAAGUAA